UCAGUAUGGUAAUGUUUGGUAGUCCAUAAUAUUAUACCACGUGGUAUGGAAGUGUAUUAUGGUGGUUGAUUCGGGUCUAAUUGCACAUGUUUUUACCUCGUAUUCUUGUGGUGUUUGGGGCGUUUACAUCGCUUAAGGUUUGAUUUUACGCUAGGUUGUGCAUGUUUCCAGCAUGUUUCAGGUUCUAGCAGGUGAGAUUGGCCUUGAAAGCAAAAAUUGAACCAAAGAGGGCGAAAGCAGACCGAAAAGGGCAAAAAGGCAAAGAUCACGGUUAAAGCAACUUUAUCAGGGUUAGCCGACCGUAAAGAAGAGGCUCAGACCAUUAAGCGCGUCGAAUUCCAGAAAGUUUAUUACACCUCACGGGCCUAAACAUUGUCAAGAUCACCAGACCGUGAUAAUGUCGUUCAGUCCUUGAAGGCCAUAAAUGAAACUGUGCAUUUUUGCCCGAGAUCACAAGCAAGGCUUUGAGAUCACGCCCGUGAUAAUCGACCGUGAUGAGCGCACGACUGGAGUAUAAAAGGAGAAGGGAGCUAAAACUUGAGAAGGGGGAUGCUAGUGAGAGAUUGUCAUUUUCUUCUUCUGAUUUUAGAGAGAAACUGAUGAAAAAAGGGAUAAGAAAAGGUUUAGGGUUUUCUCCUAGUUAGAGGAUUGAAGAUUUUCAUCUUCCAAGGGUAAUUUCAACAAAAAAGAAGGAAGUCAAACACCACACCAUGAUUCUUUCUAUCCUCUUUGUUGUAAUCCCUAGUUUAGCUAUGGAGUGGUUCUCUUUUUCACUUGGGUAUUGUGAACCCAUACCUAGAAUUGUGAUAGGUUGUUGAAUCUGAACUCUACGUGUGUUGAUAGUGUGUUUUAAGAUAAUGCUUGAGGUAUUUUCAGGAAUUGUGACUGUUGGGUUCCAUAUCUCAUUUGGGUCAAAUUGACCUAGAAGGAAGAAAACCCCUCCUUGCCCACUUCUUGACAAAUUAGGUAAUCACUUCUAGGGCAAUUAGCAACACAUCUGAAGCAUCGAUUUGACCUAAGGAUUUUAUUGUGUUUUAUCUAUUUGUCACCGUUCUGGAUUAAUCUCCAAGGGAUUGGAUAGCAAUCCUUAGUCGAUUGAUUAAGAGAACUGGGUUUCUUAUCUUAAUUGCUUUUCCGUAAUCUAUUGCCUAAGAGAGUAGGGAUUUCCACUAGCUGUGCCAUCCUUGUGGUAUAAGAACACACUAUUUCGCACAAGGGUUCCGAUUAUUUCAAAUUGAUACAAUUCCAGGGGGAGCAAUACCCAAGUGAAUUUUUCUAAUUUAGAAUCCAAAACAAUUCAAUUCUUGCUUGCUUUAAAUUGAAGUUCUUAGUUUUCACCAAAAAUCACUAGCUAGAUAACGUUAUAAAUGGUUGAAGUAUGAGUACAUGGAUCGGCCUGGGUUGACAUUCUAAAACGCUUUCCCUAUACUACACCCUACUAUAGUUUAUACUUGAGCUCUAGUCAAGAUUUUAUUUGUGUAGUUAGGAACGAGUCAUGUUUUUGGCGCCGUUGCAGGGGGAAAGUUUACUGUUCAUUAUUUAAAAAAUUCGUUUAUUAUUAAUCUAGCUUUUUAAUUUUUGCAUUGUUGAUUGUGAAUCUUGCUUGUGUUGACUCGAGUUGUGUUUUUUUAAUUGUGUGCAGGAGGAGUAUGACCCAGAGCAAUCUGACACCUUCAACUGGACUCUCCGACUCUUGGAUCAGGAGAGAUAGAGAGAGUUUAGGGAAGCAACAAAAAGAAUAGCAGAUCAGGGGCAACAAGCAGAACCCGAAAGAUAAGUUAAAGAUGAGGAGGAAAUUGAAUCGGAAGAAGAGGUUGAAGUUGAAAACCUUGAAAUGGCGGAAGAGAACGCCGGAGCGGGAAAUAAAGAACCGAGGACCAUUGGCUAUUACAUGGCCCCACAGACGAAGGAUAUUUAAUCAAGCAUCUUGCAUCCAACCAUGGCCGCUAACAAAUUUGAGAUAAAGCUCGGCCUCGUCACAAUGAUCCAGAACAAUAUACAGUUUCAUGGGCUUAAGGAUGAUUCUUCAAGGGAGCAUGUUCAGAAAUUCCUUGAGUUAGCGGGAAGUUUGAAGAUCAAUGGAGUACCCAAAGAAGCCCUUUGAUUGAGGAUUUUCCCCUACUCUCUUGCGGGGAAAGCGCAACAAUGGUUGAACAACAGGCCAUCCAUCUCGAUAACCUCAUGGAGUGACUUUCUCAAUAAGUUCAUGAACCGCUAUUGUUCGCCUUUCAAGACGGCGGAAUGGUGUAACAAGAUAACUCACUUCACCUAAGAGGAGGACGAGACUUUGAGGGUUGCAUGCGAGAGAUACUCUGACUUUUUCCUCCAAUAUGAACACUACGGGUUUGGAGAGCAGUUCCGGAUUAAAACUUUCUAUGACGGUCUCCAUCUAGAAGAUCAAAUUCUCAUUGACUCUUUGUGUCAAGAGAACAUGCUCAACAAGACUCCACUCGAGAUGACCUCCUUGUUCGAAGAUAUGGCCGCAAAGGGCUAUGAUUGGGGCUUGACAAGACGUGGGAGAAGGGCAAGCAAAAAAGAAGUACACUCCACGGAGUCAUCGGGUCCUCUGCUCACUGCGAAGAUUGAUGAGUUGAUAUCGACGCUCCUACAAGAUAGGAAGCAAGGCAAGAAGUCGGUGAUGGUGUGUGAUUGGUGUUCAAGUUCCAACCAUGAGAUUGCAAAGUGUCAAUUUAUGAAGGAAGCAAGCACUCCGGAAGAGCAAGUGAGCUUUGUUGCUAAUGCUAGGGGCAACAACAACAACAACAACAACAACAACCACCCCUAGAGGCAUUGUGAAUGAUGUUCUAGUACGAGUGGGCACGUUUUAUGAUUCGACGGAUUCCAUUAUCCUUGACAUUAACGAAGAUGCAGAUAUGCCCCCCAUCCUAGGACGCCCCUUCCUUGCCACCACCAAGGCUUUAAUCAUUGUUAAUGAGGGAACAUUAAUCUUGAGAGAUGGUGAGGAGCAAAUUACUUUUUCAUUUGAUCCUAAGGUUAAGCAUGAUUAUGAUGUGUUUAAGAGCGGAGGUGAGUCGAUCAAGGCAAACCCCGCUAUUGACCUUGCUCCUCGUGAUGAUGUCAAGGUUUAGGGUUUUCUCCUAGUUCUCUUUUUCACUUGGGUAUUGUGAACCCUAGCCUAUAAAUGUGAUAGGUUGUUGAAUUUGAACUCUAUGUGUGUUGAUUGUGUGUUUUAAUAUAAUGCUUGAGGUAUUUUCAUGAUUUGUGACUGUUGGGUUCCAUAUCCCAUUUGGGUCAAAUUGACCUAGAAGGAGGAAAUCCCCUCCUUGCCCAUUUCUUGGAAAAUUGGGUAACCACUUCUUCGGCAAUUAGGGACGUACACCUCAAGCAUCGAUUUGGCAUCACGAUUUGAUAGUGUUUUAUCACUUGUCGUUGUUCCGGAUUAACCUUCGAGGAAUUGGUUAACAAUCCUUAGCUGAUUGAUUGAGAGAGCUAGGUUUCCUAGCUUAAUUGCUUUUCCCUAAUCGAUUGCCUAAGAGAGUGCGAAUUUUCCACAAGUUGUGCCAUCCUCGCAGUAUAAGAACACACUAUUUCGCACUAGAGUUUCGAUUAUUGCAACUUGAUACAAGGCUAGGGGGAGCAAUACCCGGGUGAAUUUUCUUAUUUAGAAUCCACAACAAUUCAACUUCUUGCUUGCUUUAAAUUGUAGUUUUUAGUUUUCACUCAAACCCGUUGGCUAGAUAACAUUUUAAACAAGGUAAGUAGGAGUACAUGGACCGACAUGGUUUGACAUUUUAAAACGGUUUUCCUAUACUGCACCCUACUAGAGUUUAUACUUGGACUCUAGUCCAGAUUUUAUUUGUGUAGUUAGGAACAAGUCGCUGGUAUGAACAUAGCAAAGUUUAGAAUGGUUGCGUACAUGAUGGUAAGAAUAUACUGACUGUCAUUUACUACCUUUCUUACCACCAGUUACCACCCUAGACCAGAAUGGUAUAUUUAGUCUUGGAAUUUUCUUUCCCCAAAAACUUGUAGAUACAAUAGAUCACAAAUAGAACUUGUUUCAUCUGAGAAAUAUUUUUCGAAACUUGAUUUAAAAUCAAAGGUGGUAAAGGGUGGUAACGAGUGGUAUGGAUGGUAUGAAAUUAUUUCCUCAAAAAAUAUUGAAAUAUAUAUCAUUUUGUAGAUUACAACAAACUCAUUUUAUAUGUGCGAACAAUUUUGAAAUCCAAAGUAAAAGAAAGAAGAUAAAAGCGGUUAAAUCUCAUCAUUUAGACAAUUAGACUUAUCUCGCUCUCCCGAGAGUCCGACACUCAUGCGCAUGCGUUCUCCUGUUACAUGCCUUUUCUUUUUGAUAAGUUAUAUUAUAUGCCUUUGUAUUGUUACUUGCGUUCUUCUUUUAAUUUUAAUUAACCUACAAUUAUUCGAAAUUGCCACUCUCAUUUUAUACAUAAAAUUGGGAAAAAGUAUCAUGCAUAACUAAAUCGAUAUCAGCAUAUCAAGGGGUUUGAUUAGGGAAUGCUAGAAUGUCAACACUUUUUUUUUUAAUAUGGUGUUAACAAUUGUCGUAAGUCAAUAAGAAUAUUUCGUUUUGAUGAAUUUUUAAUUUAAAUGAACGGAUCAGAAGUAA